GCUGAAGAUUGGGCUGACUCUGUCCGCGGUGCUGAUCAACUGCAGCUGCUGGGCUCAGAGAGGCUGUUCUGUUCCCUCUUUAGAUGUGCUGUGCUGGAUCUGCGCGGCUCCUCUCCCUGUAGAGCGGGACAGUCUGCGGAGAUGUGGGAGGAGGGGGAGGGGAACAUCAGUGUGAUCGCACGGAAAUGAGUUCAAAGGUCGAAAACUGAGCCAGCAGACCAGGGAAGAGCCAAUCAACCAGAGGAGAGCCCCAGAAUCAAAAUGAGCCAGGACACAGAGACACGAACAAGGACCCGCUCCAAAGGCAGUCGGGUGUCGUCAGAACUUGUGAGCCAAGAGAUGAAGCAGGAGUUAAGCAGCUGUCCCACCCCUGGAUGUGACGGCAAAGGCCACGUCAGCGAAAGAUACUCUCGACAUAGGAGCAUACUGGGAUGCCCGCUUGUUAAGAAGAGGAAGCUUGAGGAGGCUGAAGCUGAAGAGAACCAGUCUGCUCCCAAGAGGAGGAACCAGCCCGCCAUAGAAAGUGACCCAGCUGAAGAGGAGGAGGCGCAGAAAGAGGAAGAAGAGGAGGAAGAAGACCUACAAGAGAAGCAGGAAGACAAAACUGACAGGCCGGAGUCAACGAAAACAGACACGGCAGAGGACACACACACUGCAGACUGUCCUCCUGAAGCUGGGGAAAACAGCAGCUUCCCCCCACACACUGAGGAGGAACCUGAGAAGGAGCAAAGCAGUGAGGAGGUGGAGCAAGUCCCUGAGGAUCCUCAGCAGGAGGAAACACAGACGAAGGAGAAAGAGGCAGAAGAGGAGGAGGAGGAGGAGGACGAGGCAGAGGAGGAAGGUAAGCUGCUGAAAAAGGACCAGUCAUCAGAGCAACCUGCAGAAGAAAUCACUGAGCUUAAAGAAACAAAAGAAGAGGAGGAAGAGGAAGCAGAAGAAGAAAAGGAAGAGGAAGAUCAGCAAGAGAAUGGUGUCGAAGAGACGGCGAGAGAAAGACAUGUGAUCAGCCAGGAGAUCUCCGAUCACCAAUACUCCAGUGGAGAUUACAACCAUCAUGCCAAAGAAUCAACUGUGGAGCAGAGGAAGAGGGAGGAAGAGGAGGAAGAGGAAGAAGAAGAAGAGGAGGAGGAGAGGGACGUCCACCAAGUUGUCGUCACUCCUUACACUUUGAGCACCCUCAGUCGGGGAUCUGAGGGGGAGAUGACACUCAGGGAAGAAAAGGUCAGCACCCCGAUGACUGAGGAAGAGGAGGACGAUGAAUACGAGAGAGAGGAAGAGGAGGAAGAGAGGCAGGAUGUAGGAGAGCUGCUGGAAGAGGAAGAGGAGGAGGGGCUGGGGGCAGGAGAUCUGCUGGAAGAGGAAGAGGAGGACCGAGACUCCAGCAAAUCCUCUCCCACCACAGUGGUUAUAGAACUCCGCUCUGAGGAAGACGACGAUGAGGAUGAUGAGGAUGAGGAUGAUGAUGAGGAAGAGGAAGAGGAGGAGGAGGGCGAAGAGCAGGAUCGAGUGUCCGAGGGCUCAGGGAUCACCGACGACUCGGAGAACUGGGACAUGACCCGGGGGAACCUGGGGUUGCUGGAGCAGGCCAUCGCCCUGAAGGCCGAGGAGGUGAAGGGGGGGCAGGAGCAGGGCUCCCCGGACUAUCAGCCAUACAGCACCUCCAGCCACAGCCCUGAGCCUUCUGGACCCCUCCGACGCACCUCCCACUACAGCAAAGAGAAAAAGGAAGUGAAGUGUCCGACCCCAGGGUGUGAUGGGACAGGUCAUGUGACCGGGCUGUACCCUCACCACCGCAGUCUGUCUGGGUGUCCUCACAAAGACCGGAUCCCUCCAGAGAUCCUGGCCAUGCAUGAGAACAUCCUCAAGUGUCCCACUCCGGGCUGCACAGGCCAGGGCCAUGUCAACAGCAACCGCAACACACACCGCAGUCUGUCAGGCUGUCCCAUCGCAGCAGCCUCCAAGCUGAACAAAGGUCAGGACAAGCAGGUCCUGCUGCAGGCCGCGUCCAGCGAGGCGCCCUCCAACUCCGACCGGGUGCUCAGGCCCAUGUGCUUUGUGAAGCAGCUGGAGAUCCCUCAGUAUGGCAGCUACGGGCCCGGCGCCGUGACCACCACACCCCGAGCCAACCUGGCCAAGGAGCUGGAGAAGUACUCCAAGGUGUCCUUUGACUAUGCAAGCUUUGAUGUCCAGGUGUUUGGAAAGCGUAUGCUCAUUCCAAAGACCCCCGGCAGCACGGAAACAUCACCCAAAGCCUUCAAAUCUAAAUCCUUCGCUAAGGCCCCCUCCCCCAGCCACAGUGUGUCAGGGGGCUUUUCCAAGAGCGGCUCCUCCUCCAGCAGCUACGACUACAGCCAAGACGCAGAGGCGGCCCACAUGGCAGCCACCGCCAUCCUCAACCUGUCCACCCGCUGCUGGGAGAGACCAGAGACCAUCAGCUCCCCCCGGGAGCCCAGCAGCAAGGAGCCCCACAUCGAGGUGGAUGAGAACGGCACGUUGGACCUCAGCAUGAAGAAGACCAAGAGGGACGGUGCGCAGCCUCCAGAGCCUUCAUCUUCGUCCUCUUCAUCCUCUCAACACAUCGGAGCCCCCCUGUCUCAGGGCCACACCCAGCCUGAGUGGGAGGGGCCGCUGGACUUCACCAAACCAAGUGGAGUCAAAGAAGAAGACCAGGAGGAGGUGGAGUACACGGCUCCUUCAUACACCUCAUCUGAUGGAGAGGAAGAGGACCCGGAGAACCUGGAGGACAGGAAGUACCCCGGUGAGGUCACCACCGGCAACUUCAAGGUCAAGUUUCAGCCUAAAGACAGCAAAAAGGAAACUCUCUUAUGUCCCACGCCCGGCUGUGACGGCAGUGGACACAUCACUGGCAACUACGCAUCACAUCGCAGUCUGUCAGGCUGUCCUCUUGCUGAUAAAUCACUUCGGACCCUCAUGGCUGCCCACACAGCUGAACUAAAGUGUCCGACUCCAGGGUGUGACGGAUCGGGCCACAUCACAGGAAACUAUGCCUCUCACAGAAGUCUGUCUGGAUGCCCCCGAGCCAAGAAGGGCGGGGUUAAAUUAACCCCCACCAAGGAUGACAAGGAAGACUCAGAGCUGUUGAGUGAAAGAGGAAGCAGUGACUCGGAGCUCUCUGUCUCCAGGUGUCCGGUUCCUGGCUGUGACAGUCUGGGCCACAUCAGUGGGAAGUACGCCACCCACCGCAGUGCCUACGGCUGUCCGCUGGCCGCGCGCCGGCAGAAGGAAGGUCUUCUUAACGGCACUCCCUUCUCCUGGAAGGCCUUCAAGACCGAGGGCCCGACCUGCCCAACGCCGGGCUGUGACGGCUCCGGCCACGCCAACGGCAGCUUCCUGACGCACCGCAGUCUGUCAGGUUGUCCCAGAGCGUCGGCCAACAAGAAGAGAGCCAAGUACCCCGGAGACGAGUACAUCACCGCCAAGUUCAGAGCCAGCGAUGUUCUGGACAACGAUGAGGACAUCAAGCAGCUCAACAAGGAGAUCAACGAGCUGAGCGAGUCCAACUGUGAGAUGGAGGCCGACAUGAUGAACCUGCACACUCAGAUAUCUUCAAUGGAGAACAACCUAAAGAGCAUGGAGGAGGAGAACAAACAUAUCGAGGACAGGAAUGAGGCCUUGUUCCUGGAACUGUCAGGCCUAAGUCAGGCCCUGAUCCGCAGCCUGGCCAACAUCCGUCUGCCCACCAUGCAGGAGCCUGUGUCAGAGCAGAACUUUGACAGCUAUGUGGAAACCCUGACCCACAUGUUCACCAAUAAAGACUGCUACCAGAACCCUGAGAACCGGGCUCUGCUCGAGUCCAUCAACCAGGCGGUGAAGGGCAUCGAGGUGUGAGGCACAGGAGGAGAGGAGGAGAGGAGGAGAGGAGGACAGGAGGACAGGAGGACAGGAGGACAGGCGGCGGGACAUCAAAACGACUACAUCCAUCUUUCUUUCCAGACCUUUAGAUUAUGUAUGUAAUUAAUUCUUCUCAUUUGGAGCUUCGUCAGCUGUUCUUUGCAUUAGUUUGGUGUUUGCAUGUUGCUUUAUGAUGGUAUGAGUGUGGACACAGUGUGUGUGGCAGCAGCACACUGGGAGUGUGAGCAGAGGAAUCAGACCGGCACACAGUGCAGAGGAAUCAGGAAUGCAGUACGAGCCUGAGCCGAGCACAUCCUCGUAGUUAGGGAACAUAUCCCAGCACUCAUUAAUGUGGAUAGUAUUCUAUAUGAGCAUAGUGUUGUUGCACUACCAGGACUAGUUUGUAGAUUCAUUCUUAAUAUUGCUGUGUAACUAUUUAAGUCCUUUGCAAAUGUUGGUUUAAUAAUGUAUUCAUUCAUGUCUGCUGUAUUAUUCUUUAUGUUAGCCUAUUUAUUAAUCAUUAUUUAUUUAUUUAUUCACUUUUUUCAUUUUAAAAUGCUACCUGAGAAGAUUGAAAUGGUAACCAAGAGAAGGGAAUCAUUUCCUCUGUAUUGUUGAACAAUGAGGAAAUAUUUUAAGAUAUCAACUAUGAAUUGUUUUAUAUAUCUUAUUUAUUUAAAAUACUGGGAUCUUUUUAAGUGCAAAUAUUUUGUAACUAAAAGUUUUUUAAUAAUUUUCUAAAGAUUUUUUUUUGGUGCUUCCGUUUAUAUGAUUUUCCUUUUUAUUUUCACAAACUAUUUUGAGUACAUUGCAAUACACUGGGGAAAUUGAGCUGCACAUAUUUGGUAUUUAUUUGGUGAUGAAGAACAAAGUGAUGGUGAAUAUUUAUUUUGUAUUGUCUAUGUGUUACUGAUGGCUGUGUAUGGAUUAGU